AUGCGCCUCCAAGCUCAGCUAGCAGACGCGCUAUCCGCAGUCACAGACCCAACGCCCAACGACCCGAUCCUGGAAUGUCUUAGCGACAGCCCUACAGGUAACUAUCAUGACCUUGUCCUGGGUAGUUCCGAACAGGCUCUACAAAUUGCAGACGCGAAACUACACGUUUACCCAUUCAAAGACGUGAAAACGUGCUGGAGACGGCUAUACACAGACGCGAGCCUUGUCAAAGCCUGCCUUGCUAUAUGCAACGGCUGCGGACUGCAAACCUCGAACCCGCAAGGGACACACACCAAAGAUGUCUACACAGGUCUCAUAAAAUCACUCCGUGAAGAUGGCGGGGAGUGGAAGAUUAGUCCCCACGCUCCAUGGCUCUCGCCUACCGUGCACAUCCUGGACAAGGCGCUGAUCAUGACCGGUGCUCCGAUGCGGGAGGCUCUCAUUGAGAAUCUGCUCUCAGCUCUUCAGGAUGCGACAGACAGCGGGACUAAUAAUCCUGAUUACGACGACGAUGUCGACAUGGAAGGCCAGCGUGCUUCGAAGAAGAGGAAGAUCUCCCCGCCUCUCUUCCCGCCCGAGAGUGUUCGGGAGCCUCUGUUGAAAUAUCCCGUUCGUCGACUGUCGGCGCCUUCUUUCGACUCGAUCGAGAAUCAUAUUCAAAAUGUUCGCACUCCGCUUGUUAUUACUGAUGCAGUGAAUCACUGGCCCGCUCUUUCGUCCCAGCCGUGGGCGUCGAGAGAUUACUGGCUCCAGCGCACUUUUGGUGGACGGAGGCUUGUGCCCGUGGAAAUUGGUAGAUCGUACACGGACGAAGGCUGGGGGCAGCAGAUCAUGGAGUUCAAGGAGUUUAUGGACAAGUAUAUCUGGAGAGCGCAUUGGGGGGCGUCGCACUCUCAUGGUAAUACGGAAGACGACGACGAUGGUGACCAGACAGGAUACAUGGCACAGCAUGAUCUACUGGCUCAGAUUCCAGCUCUGCGAAAGGACAUCUGCAUCCCUGACUGCUGUUACAUUACUCCUCCGGCACCGGAGCCUGGCAAUCCGGUCUACAUGAAGAGGCAGCGUGAAAAGGAAGAGGCGCAGCGAUCCAAAGCAUCCCUCGAACACGCAGCACACGGCUCUAGCCCCGAAUCAUCGUUGCAAUCUCACGAACAGACCCACAGGGGAAAGGAUCCAGUUGAUCACGAAUCCGAUACAGACUCAGAACUCGGUGUUCCGAGCGACCCCAUCAUCAACACCUGGAUCGGCCCGUCAUGGACUAUCUCCCCCCUUCACCAUGACCCUUACCAUAACAUCCUAGUCCAGGUUGUCGGGGCCAAGUACAUCCGUCUCUACUCCCCCCACACUCCUGCUUCCCGGGUGCACCCACGAGGAAUGGAAGUGGUCGGUUCAUCCACGGAGAGGGGUGGAUCAUUGUCAGAAGUUUUCCAGGAUGGUGGUCAACGACUCAUCGACAUGUCGAAUACCUCUCAGGUCGACGUGGCCGCCAUCGAACUCUCUCCCGCCGAGUCCGAACAGUGGGAGUCAAUGUGGCCCGGAUUCUCGCAGGCCGAGUACGUCGAGACUGUCCUUAAGGAGGGUGAAUGUCUGUAUAUCCCCGUUGGAUGGUGGCAUUAUGUGCGCGGCUUGAAGGCCGGGAUCAGCGUUAGCUUUUGGUGGGAGUAGACUACUACGUUGUUGCAACUGAGAGCACUGUUGGGUUUUAUUCUGGCAGUGAGUUGGGAAUUUUUCAUUCCGGCGAUGGGUUGAGGAUUGAAUAUGCGAGGGGACUUGGUCUGUACAACAAAUCACCAGUAUACAAUUAGAUAAGUACCUAGACGUUGAAAAUUGAGGAAGAUACAAG